GAUCAAAUUAGUUGCACGGCCCUAUAAGUGAUUCAAGGAAAGACACCUUGUUUGCUCAAAUUCAAGUCAUAGAUCUCUCAUCCAAUGGAUUUAGCGGAAAUUUACCAGUGAGCCUUUUUGAGAAUUUUCAAGCCAUGAAAAUCCUUGGUGAGAACAGUGCAACUCGAGAUUAUGUUGCAGAUGCAUAUUUUUAUUUUUACACGAAUGCUUUGAUAGUGACAGCAAAGGGACUGGCACUGGAACUUCCUCGAGUUUUGACUACGUACAUGAUUAUCGAUCUCUCAAGGAACAGAUUUGAAGGUCAUAUUCCAAACAUUAUUGGAGAUCUCGUUGGACUCCGUACACUGAACUUAUCCCAUAAUGGCUUGGAAGUCUUAAAUCUCUCUCAUAAUCAUCUUGUUGGAUGCAUUCCCAAAGGAAAACAAUUUGAUACGUUUGAGAACAGCUCAUACCAAGGAAAUGAUGGGUUACGUGGAUAGCCCCUCUCAAAAGAUUGUGGUGGCAAUGAUGGGGUACCGCAAGCAACAACAUCAGUUGAGCUAGAUGAAGAAGGAGAUUUGAUCAGUUGGCAGGCGGUUCUCAUGGGUUUCGGUUGUGGUCUGGUUAUUGGACUGUCCAUAAUAUACAUAAUGCUGUCAACUCACUAUCCAGUAUGGUUUUCAAGGAUGCUUGUAAAAUUUGAACACAGAAUUGUUGCCAGAAUGAAAAGAUGCUAGUGUGUACCUACUUUAACUCUUCGUUUUUGAAACUUUGCAGGACGAAAUCUAUCGAGUUGCUGGGAUGCAAAGGGAAAUUUUUACUUUUCUAGUUUGUAAUUUUUGUUACAUGUUC